AUGAAUGGAACACAGAAAAUUUAUCAACCAUCGUUAAGAAUUGAACAGCUGGCUAAGCCGUUAGCCCGAAGACGUAAACCGCUGAUUGUUAAGGAAGUUAAUUCCACGAUUCCAUGGUGCAUAAAGGGCCCUGAUCCUCUCAAAAGAACCAUGCAAGUUAUAAGUCCUCCGCCUCCACGUGCAACCACUGAAACUGGCGUGUCUUCUUCUGCUCUAAGAUAUGAAGCGUCAGAGAACAUUAAGCGUUUGGCCAAACCCCGGAAAAUUCCAAAAAAGGAGGAUAAAGAGUGCUUUACUGUUGUAAAGCCAUUAUUGCUAAACUACAAACCAUCGCUUAGAAUUCUUCAAUUGGCCAAGCCUCAGCGUGUGAUGAAGACUUGACCAUCGCUUCAAUUGAUAUUGUAUGAAAUAACCCGGUCUGGACCUCCCCUCCCUACUUCCCACGGUCUAUACUCUGACUCUCAACCCACUCCUUCCACCUAUAAUGUGGCUCCCCCACCUUACGUCCCGCCUAUGAUCGCACGGAAUGUGCGGUUACAUCAUAGGUUAUGUCAUAUAUACAAUCGGCGGUACACACUAAUAUGUGGCGAAUUUAAUAUUAUCAAUAAAAUCUGUAUAUUAAGCAUAUUUAAUAUCAUCAAUAAAAUCUGUCGCGCUGGUUACAAUGAGUUAUU